CCGGUGACACAGCAAAACUCCACCAAAACCAAAACUCACAACAAAUCUGCUUGGUAAUAAUAACUGCUGAAUAAGUCAAUCGACCUGAGCUAAUCGGAAGCUGAAAUUUUUGAAAAAUAUUUUUGAAAAAGUACAAGUGGAUAAGAUGGCCCUUUCGAUGAUGGAGUCUAACAAUCGACUAAUUUACAACGACGCUGGGCAAGGACCAGUGCAACAUCAAUUUUCACCGUACACUGACAAUGGAGGGAGCAUUGUAGCAAUUGGUGGGCCAGGAUUUGCCAUCAUUGCAUCCGAUACCCGUCUCACAUCCGGCUUCGCCAUUUACACAAGGGAGCAAGGCAAAUUGCACUCGCUUACGAACGCUGCUGUUCUUGGGGCUUCGGGAUGUUGGUGUGACGUAUUGAGUCUUACGCGACUUAUUCAGGCUCGCAUGAAGCUUUAUAAGCACGAGCAUCAAAAGGACAUGAGUGCUGCAGCCUUGGCACAGAUGUUGUCGACAAUGUUGUACGGACGGAGAUUCUUUCCGUACUAUGUCUCCAAUGUGAUUGCUGGUUUGGAUGAAGAAGGAAAUGGCGUCGUUUACAGCUACGAUCCUGUUGGACACUGCGACAAGAAUAUGUAUCACGCUGGUGGAUCUUCUGGAGCUUUGUUGCAACCCUUGUUGGACAGUCAGAUUGGGUUGAAAAACAUGGCAAUAAAGCCUACUGCACCGCUAACGGUGGAGAAAGCUCUUCAAAUUACGAAGGACGUUUUUACAUCCGCUGCUGAGCGUGACAUUAAAUGUGGAGAUGGAGUAAUUAUUCGUAUUAUCACAAAGGAUGGUAUAAGGGAGGAAACAUUCAAGCUGCGAUUUGAUUAA